AUGCGAAAACUGGAAUGGGAUGACAUGGGAGUGAAGGUUGAUGGUCGGGAGCUACACCAUUUGUGCUUUACUGAUGACAUUGUUCCAACAACACCUAACAUCAGCCAAGCGGAAGGAAUGCUGACUGAAUUCGACGAAACAUAUGCCCCAUUCACGCUCAACGGAACGAACAUAUCCGAAUGCACCAGCUACGUUUAUCUGGGUCGGGAACUGAACAUGAUGAACGACCUGACCCCAGAGCUGCGCAGGAGGAGACGAGCGGCUUGGGGAGUGUACAAGAGCAUCGAGGAUGUAGUGAAGAAGACCAGGAACAGGCUCCGUGCUCACCUCUUCAACACCACCGUACUUCCUGCUUUGACCCAUGCUUCGGAAACCUGGGGAUUUCGCAAGCAGGAAGAAAACGCGUGGGAUGUCGUGUGGACGAAAUGGAUGAACACUACUUACGUUUUGCAUUUUAUUGAAAUGAUAAAGCUGCUAGAGCUGCUCACGACACUUGUGCAGUAUAUGGAGCUUAUCAAAUGA